GUUUUCGUUCGGCUAAACUACACGAAGCAACAAACGGACGCUUUUCGACACAUUUUCUCUUUCUAUAAUUUACUUUUUCUCGGCGGACGAAAGAAGCGUCUUUUUUCUCUUCAUUUUACAACUGAGAGCAGUCAUGGAAACAGAGGAGCAAGCUCGGACCCGCUUCCAGUCAGAGUUGGAGUUCAUUCAGUGUUUGGCCAACCCAAACUAUCUCAACUUCCUGGCUCAGAGGGGCUUCCUCAGGGAGAAACCCUUCAUCAAUUACCUCAAGUAUUUGUUGUACUGGAAGGAGCCCGACUACGCCAAGUUUCUCAAGUACCCCCACUGCCUGCACAUGCUGGAGCUGCUGCAGUACGAGCACUUCCGCAAGGAGCUGGUGAACGCGCAAUGCGCCAAAUUCAUCGACGAACAGCAACUGCUACACUGGCAGCACUACUCCAGGAAGCGAACGCGGCUGCAGCAGGCGCUUGCCGAGCAGCCGCCGCCACAGCAACAGCCGCCUCCGCAGCACGUCAACGCUGCCGCUAAAUGACUGCUGUUUGUUUGUUUUUGCCAGAAAAAAAAAAUACAAGAAAGAAAUAAAUGCCUCAGUUUUGUUGAAGAAAUCUGGAUUUUCUGUUCUGUUAUGUGUACAUGAAUUAAAAUGUUGAUCUUA